CUCUCAAGCUCAGCAACGCUCAGUCCGAGCCGGAGGCUGCAUCUCAACUCAUCGUCAUUCCCACGAUUCCCAGGGAUGCCCAAUACGCAGGAAUCUCUUGCCGUGGAUGAUAAAGGCAUGGAAUUCCCAAGUCACUGAUUGGACUUUGACACACAGAAAGAAGAAAAGAAAGGUGGCUUAAAGGAGCCCCGAAAACAGACAUGACGGGACGGCGCGCCAGCCGGGACGGACCCCGUGUCGAAGGAUCGUGAAGAAGCAGAAGAAGAGAAGGAGGAGGAAGCGGGAGUUGUUUAUUUAAUAAUUAGGAGGAAAGAGUUGUGGCUUUUCAAGCGUGGCAGAACAAUGCGCGGUUUCAUCCUUCUGCUCCUCAACGGAACCGCUUGUUUGGUUGCCCUGAGUCAGGAGGUGGACUCAUCGAGCCUUAGGAGCUCCUCGGGAGACUCCUCCAAGACUGUGGGUCUCCUGAGCGGUCAGGCAACCCUCUCGCCACUGAGUCGCUGGAUGCUUCACGGCAGAGGCCGGGCCGCCAACGCCACUUCGCUGGAGCUGCCCUACCGCACACCUGCUGCUUUCUCCAAACAGGAGUUCUCCAAGCAGGAGUUCUGGGAGAUGCUGGGCAGCGACCUCCUCAAACCAGAUGCCUCGGGUUCCCGUGUCAAACGGCGGCCCAUCGUCAAGACGGGCAAGUUUAAAAAGAUGUUUGGCUGGGGAGAUUUCUACUCCAACAUCAAGACGGUACGGCUGAAUUUGCUCAUCACCGGCAAGAUCGUAGAUCAUGGCAACGGUACGUUUAGCGUCUACUUCCGCCACAACUCCACUGGGCAGGGCAACAUCUCAGUGAGCUUGGUGCCCCCAGUCAAGGCUGUGGAGUUUGACCUAGAGCGCCAGAGUGUGGUCUACCCAAAGGACUCCAAGAUUUUCAACUGCCGUGUGGACUACGAGAAGGUGGACCGCAGCAAGCGUACCUCGCUGUGCAACUACGACCCAUCCAAGACCUGUUUCCAGGAGCAGAUCCAGAGCCACGUGUCCUGGAUUUGCUCAAAGCCUUUUAAAGUCAUCUGCAUCUACAUUUCCUUUUACAGCACAGACUAUCGCUUGGUACAAAAGGUCUGCCCGGACUACAACUACCACAAUGAGAUGCCCUAUUUGCCAUCGGGGUAGGGGACAUGUCUGGGUGGGAAGGGCGAGGUGAGGUGAACUGGAUUGUGUAUUGUUUUGCCACUGUGUAGCCUGACUGGAGUAAAAAAAAUAUAUAUGCAAAACAACAAAACAAUAUACAUAUGCACAUAAAGUGGCAGUCAGGACAAGGCAUUCACAAUGCGGUAGAGAACGUCAGCGCCAACAAACAAGUUCUUACCUCAAUCCUAGUCACUCUCCAUUAAGUCCAGUCACUGUCCGUCACUUCAGACAAAGUGCAAUGUCCGCCACUCAUAGAGUCUGGCUUUAACCAGCAACCCACAGUUUGCUAAAAAUAUACAUAGCACAACAGAGCCAGGAUUUUUUUAGCCUGUGCCUUUCCCAAACAAGCGGGAUAUUUGAUGCUCGUAGAUGUCUGCAGUCAGUCUAAACUUACCGUCCCUGUCCUAGUUUUCCCACUAUCACCUUUAACACAACCAUUGUCUUGCCUUUGACACGACCACAUCAGGCCUCCCUCAUUUCCAUACCUUUCACGCAGAAUAUCUACGAGCUAGUGUAAAAAAGACAAAAGGUUGUAAUGGUCACAGAAUUAUCCGAGCAUUUCUACUUUCUUGCAAUUGAAUGUAAAACACCAACAUGCCGGUUGUGGUAGCACAUUCGAGAAGAAAUCGCAAUGUUAACUCUACUGCCAAAAUUAAAUGAAUAACACCGAGUAUAUAAAAUAGACCUCCAGAAUCAUGAUGAAUAGAGCCUGCCUUCCAAUUGCAGGGCUGUGUGGGAGUGCCACUUAAAGCAGACCUCUAGCUGUCAAUCACAUACAUGCCUUGCCCUGCCCAGCUCCUUGGGAGCAACGCUUAGCUCACUGGCUGAGAGAGGCAGUCUCUGGCAGAAGCCGCCUCUGUUGAAAUUCAGCGGGUUGUUGGCAGAAUAGUAGUCUCAGAGGAUUCUGGGGUGGUAUCCGUCCAACAGGGCUCGGCCAGCGCUUUCCCCGUGUGUUACUACACAAAGCCCAAAUGAAAUAAAAAACAAAAACCAAAGGGUAGCUGUAUUUUGGGAAGAAAAUAUACUCGGAGAAAAUUCAUGGAGGAAGGAGGAGAACGUACAGGAAGGGUAGAUUUGAACCCAGGACCUCUGAACUGUGAGGCUGAGGUGCUAAGUAGUCUUUGUUCCAGCCAAUAUACGGUUGCAUAUUUUUUAUUCACUUAAUGUCGUAUUGUUUGAUUAAUCAUAAUUGAAUAAAUUUUUGAAGUACAAAAAUUCAUGUGAUUGGCUAGCAACCAAUUGAGGGUGUAUCCCACCUCCUGCCCAUAGUUGGCUGGGAUAUGCUCCAGCACCCCUUAGACCCUUGUGAGAAUCAGCGGUACGUACGGAAGAUGAAUAAACAAAUGAAUGAAUGACUGAAUGAAAAGAAUACAAAAAAAAAGUAAAAAUACAAUUUUGAUAGGUAAAGUUUAAAUACAUAUUUGAGCUUACUUUUUUCAGUUUUUUUAACUUCAUGUAAAUGGCUUAGUCUACUUGUGUGUUUGGGGGGAAAAAAAAAGAAUCAGACGUGAUCCUUAAUUGGCACGUUAACAAAGGAUGGCUAUUUUGGAAAUUAUAAUGUGUACAUACUAAAACAAACCACACCAUUUGGUGGAAAUGUGGCUAUAGACAUAGGCAGCCCACCAAAACCAGCUCUUAAUUAAACUAGAAUGUAACAGAAUGCUGCUCUUUCCUUUGUCCCUCUGUGUGUGCGGAAAAAAAAAAGAUUACAUUUUGUUGCCGUCAGGAUUCCUGAUUUCACGCCUUGAUAACUUUGACUGUUACCAGCGAGAUUGCUCUCUCCCCACAAACACACUCGCUCACAACGCUCACCCCGUUAUCGGACAGAAAAUGAAAAUAUUAUCAUAAUAAUUGCGUAUAAUUUAAUCUCCUUUAGAACUAAUUAAGCUUUCACCAAGGGGCCCGAACAUAUUCCUCGAUGGCUGGCAGGACGUUCACGGCGGGGAUGUUUUAGCUCCAAGUUCAGCUGUGAGUUAAAUGCUCUCAUUAAGAUAAAUGACCGUUGGCUGGCGUGUGUCAUAAACAAUGACGGAGGGCAACGCACAACGGAGCGAUGAAUUAGCACGGACCUUCAGCUGCAAUGGACCAUUUACCAUCUGCUAUCUAUUCGGGUUUUAAAUUGAACAUUAAGAAGAAAAAAAAACAUCAUCUACAGUGCAGAAUUGUCCAAUUUGCUCCAUCCAAUGAUCAUGACCAAACUCCCAAACAUUAUAGAGACAAAACAAUUUAAAUUCAAUCCUAUUACCUGAAAAUUGCACCCUGACUAGAUAACGUAUUGCUUACUUUGUUUAUUAGCCCGACUUUCACGACAAUUACAAAUUUGUUUGCCUUGUGGUUUGGAGACGGAAUCUGCUGAAAAAAAGACGUCGGGGCAAAGUAUGCUGCACUGGCCGAGCAAGAACCUAAUAAAUUAUGGUGUAUAUCUGCUGACGGGAGCUUUUUUUUUUUUUUCAGAUGGUCCUUUGCAGAAGCUUGCUCCUUUAAAAAGCCUAACUGGGUUAGCAAUGUGAAAUGAAGUAUCUGUAUAACCCAGAGGGGAAAAAAAGGUGUUUUAACUCAAAUUAACUCCCAAUAUUUCAUAAAGAAUGUGAUACAAAAUGGGACUUGAAUGAAUAUUAACAAAGGGUUAGGCUUAAAAGGUUGGAGUUAGGUUAAGGGUAAGCAUUAGGCUUAAAUGACAGUUAGGGAAGAUUAGGGGUGGCUGGGAUAAGAAAAUAUCAGGGAUGGAACACUGACACUGGGAUUAAGGUUCAGUAAAAGGUAAGAAUUAGGGAGAGGGCUGAGUUACAGAAUUAGCCCCGAAUGUGCCACCAAACAGCAAUCCAUAUAGAAUAUCCAUAUAGAAUCUUGUUGCCGAAUGCAUCACUGCUACCGGGCUUAAAGAUUACGUCGGGGGGGGGGGGGAGCCAAAGCUCCAAGGAACGGUACGCAUUCAUUUUCUCUACACAUACUUUAGCCUCCAUCCCCCCAUCCAGACAUUGGCAUGUUCCUCAGCCAUAUGCCCCUCAUGACCUCUCCGUGACUCCCUUUACCUGCCUGUGAACCCCCUUGCGCUUGCCUCACUGCUAUCCAGCCCACCCUCCUGUUAUCAUGGCAGUCGAGCCAGCUAAUCCGCCUGUGAGCUUAGCAGUAAGAGCUCAUCGUUUUCUACCUUUUCUGCUAUCCAUCCCAUCAUGAAAGUGCAACCAUCUUGUCUUGUGUUCAAAGUAUCUUCGGUAAAACUAGAUCAUGAGGAUGUGGUACAUAAACUCGCCCCUGCAACCACAAAAUUCCAACCCCAACAGAGAUGCCGGCAUUCCUCUCACACGCAUUGCGGGAAUGGCGGGUAGCAGCCCCUGCUUUAGUUGGGCCUCGUAGCUACCCGCUUGGAUAAGCAGCAAUAGCGACCUCCAGACCUCUGGUGUUGGGACUAAAGAGACACCAGAAGCAACACCCCCACGCUUGGCGGAUCUACUUGGCCUUAGAGACUGCAACACCUCAGCAAAGGACAGUGACAGAAAACCUAUAAACAUACAUAUAUAAAUAUAUAUAUAAAUAUAUAUAAAGAUUCAGAUCUUAAUAAAGUGGUAUUUAAUUGUGGCAUUUUUUCAUUUUGUUUGUCACGUGGAAGAUCAAGUAUACUGUGGGGAUGACUGUGCUUUUUUUUUUUUU